ACGGAUGCCAUGACGCAGGGCAGUUACCCUACCUGUAAAAUCGUUUGGCUGGUAAACUAAGUUAUAUGGAAUUUCAAACGGAGCAAACAUGACUUUUGAGAGCAACGGGAUACAAAUGGAGUCUCAUGAUGACCAACACGACAGGCUUCUAACACUAUUUCACGCUUAUGACGUUGACAACUCGGGACGCAUUGAAAAAGACGAGUUUUUGCAGAUCUGCUCCGAGCUCCACGUCAGGUCCUCGGAGACAGAGGCGAUAUUCGCCAAACUCGACACCGAUCGAGACGGUUCGAUCAACUUGCAAGAAUUUCUGUGUGGAUUUCGGCGGGUUUCAGAUUUGCUGUCCGGCGAAGACAUGGAGAGUGAUGACAACUUUUCUCCCGCCUGGGAGGACUUUCAGACCCGAAUGGGAGACCUGGCUAAGUAUAUUGCCAAGCGAGAGCAGACGGCCAUCCUCCACCAGAACAUCAGCAUGACGGAGCCGCGGCUGGUGCCUCAGUACGAGCGGGUGGUGCUCAACUUCACCAGGGAGAUCAAACUGCAGACCACCGAGAUGGAGCACCUGGCCCUGGCCGUCAAAAGAGCUCAUGACCAGGCCUCUAUGCAGCUGAGUGAGAUGGAGGAGGAGAUGGACCAGCGGAUACACGCAGCAGAACGAAGCACACGAAUACAGGAAGUGAAGAGAUCGGAGUCUGCACUGAAUGAACUAAGGCAACAGUACGAUACACAGGUGUAUGAGCUACAGCAGAAAAUACGAACACUGCAGGUGGCUGAGGAGCAGAACAGGACUGUCACUCUGAAAGACGAGGCAUCAGCACUGAAGAAGAAAAACAACCAGCUGACAUUGGACAACCAGCGUCUGAAACAGGAGGUGCUGGAGUCCCACACCAACAUUGCCUUCCUGCAGAGCGAACUGGUCUCCCUCAAGAGCGACCUGACUGACCACAGCAUCAACUCUGAGAGGGAUGAAGCCCUUAUGCACUGUUUCUCAGAGGAACGGGGAAACCUGGAGAGACAGAUAGAGAUGCUGCAGUCAGCCAAUAGGAAACUGCAUGACAGCAACGAUGCGCUGCGUUCUGCACUGGAGAACAGCCAGAAGGAGAACAGCAAAAUACAGCAGCAAAUGGCUACCCCCUCACCAGGUGACCACGCCAGCCGACACAAGAGCUUCUACUCACCACACCGGUGUUGCCACGGGCUGUGUCCAGACGAUGGCUUCGACUCCCCACUGCAGCAGUCAUCCUUGGCAGCGACCCCCGACGGCCUCCACAGGCCCGGGUGCGAGGCUCUGGCCCUGGCCCUCUGCGACCCCAUGCGUCUGCGCAGGCGCAGCUGCGAGCAGGACAGCCUGGCCGAGAGCUGCCUGGACAGCGGACGCUCCACGCUGAGGGGCUCGUACGCGUACGACUCGGAGCAGGAGGGAUACAGGCAGGAGGCGCAGCAUCAGGACCACCAUCAGGAUGAGCAUCCUAUUACACUGCAGCAUGCGGACAGCCUCGACACUGACACCGAGACGGUGGAUGUGCAUGAUGAGAUACCGUUGGAGUCGGACAGUGAGUCGGUACUGGAGUGGAGAUCUCACAAGAUAGAGAAGAAGAAGAGAGAGACCAACAGGAGGUGUCUCUCCGCCAUCUUCACAGAGCCGGAGAUAGAGCUGGACCGUAGCAAGCCGGCGUCAUCUGAGCGUGCCUACCGCGUGGUGCUGGCGGGGGACGCGGCCGUGGGCAAGUCCAGCUUCCUGCUGCGACUCUGCAAGAACGAGUUCACCGAGAGCACCAAGGCCACUCUGGGUGUGGACUUUCAGAUGAAAACCCUUGUGGUGGAUGGUGAGCCCACAGUGCUGCAACUAUGGGACACGGCAGGACAAGAGAGAUUUCGGAGCAUUGCUAAGUCCUACUUCAGACGUGCGGACGGCGUGCUGUUGCUCUAUGACGUGACCUGUGAGAGGAGCUUCCUGAAUGUGCGGGAAUGGGUGGACAUGAUCGAGGACGUGUCCCAGGAUGACAUUCCCAUCAUGCUCGUGGGCAACAAGUGCGACCUGCGGCCAGAGGCCAUGCAGGAUGGAAUCGUCUGCAUCCCCACCAGCUACGGGGAGAAGCUAGCCAUGACCUACAGUGCUUUGUUCUGUGAGACCAGUGCUAAGGAUGGUUCCAACAUCAUCGAGGCGGUUCUUCAUUUAGCAAGGGAGGUGACCAAACAUGCUCAAGAGAAGAUCAACCCUACAGCCGUCACCAGCCUCACAGGAAAUGGCAAUAAGAAACUCCCCAAUCUCAACUGCUGCACAUGAUCAACUUGCCACCGCUAGGUCCUGUGGCAUACUUCAUGUUUAUCUGUGAAAUACUGUAUGUAAUGUGGGUCUUCCAGUCAGUGUUGCCAGAUGUACGAUAAUUAACUUAUUUGUACCAUCAUUUUGUCCUCUGUACGAUCAAAAAUCCAUGAUGUACGAUAAUUUCAGGGCUUUCAUUCAGUUCAUUUAGUUGGCUUAAAACAACCAUUUGGAUUGUGUACGAUCAUUUUCUCCAAAAAAGCCCCCAACAAUGACAAUUUUGAGGUUUUCGUACCAUAGUUCAACAUUUUCCAUCUGGCAACACUGCUUCGUGUG